AUGGUCAUGAAGCAGCAUUACCCCCCUUCCACCUGCUCUAAGCUCGAGUACGUGGUUAAUCAUAUAGUGCUCCCGCCUCGCCUGCCAGGAAAGGAGGAAGUCUGUGAGGAUGAUGUCCAAUGCGAGCUUCUAGCAUUUCUUCAGGCCGCGUCUAUUACCCUCAAAGCAGAUUCCGAUACAGAGAUAAAUGCCGUUGGACGUUCUAUCUUCAAUGUUCUCGAGAUCUGCAAGGCCACCAACCUGCGUGGAAAAUUAGAUAAAUCCUCGCUCCUGCAUCAGUUCCGAAAAUUCCAGCCAAAUACUCCUAUACUUCUUCACGUGAAAGAGCAAAAUGCUGGGCUACUUAUAUGGAAGGAUGAACGACAUGGCGAGGAGACAGUCACUUUUGAAGCUUUUGAGGUGUCGCCAGCGUCUGAAAAAGUACUAUCUGCAGAAGGCCCACUCCAAUGGGAUUUCCCGGGCGAAACUGUUGUUAUUCCCAAUACCGUGUUUAUCCAACCAUCAUUCCAGGAGUCAUUGUCCAAUUUCCUAGAGAGUGCGAGCACGGAAUCAAUAAAGAGAUUCGCUGCCGGUGUUUUGAAAGGUGGCUCAGUCGCAUUCGAGAAUCGUGAUACCACAGAUCCGGCUUUAAUCACACAGAUGCUCAUGACUCUGCUUGAAGCAAAUGGCUCUCGAACAUUUCCUCCAUUAUUAAGGAAACGUGUCCGUGAUGAAGUUUCUUGGGCUCCGGGAGGUGGCAAGCCAUGGAGGAGACUGCCAUUUUGGCUUGUUCUCAGGGUGGGAAUUGAGCGACAUCUCCAUUUGCAACUUGGUGCCACGAAAGGACGAGCAUACUAUAAGUUCCUUCUUUGCCUCAUGUUCUCGGCUAUUCUAGGUUCUGGAAUCGACUCACUCUCGCCAGACCUAAUUUCACUGCUUACCGCUAAGCUAGCAAGACGUUUGGCAAAGCUGGAGGUCCAUCGGGAGAAAGCGCUCCAUAACGACAGAGUAACAUAUAAUCGAUUAUUUGACAGAUUUGAGCUUUUUUUCCAGACCUCUAUCAGUAACGCUAGAAACCAUGUUGCUGAUAUCUGGAAUACAUUCAAAAGAAGCAUUCGACGCAAGAUUCCACGGCUUCCACUCCAUGCAGAUGAAAAUUCGCAAUAUCUUUCUCUAACAAAUAGCGAGAAAGAGAUUGAGAAUGUGUUGUCACAAUACAGAAUAGAUCGUUCACGGACUGCAGAUAACCCAUCGGCAAAAGACUUCACUCCUAAACGUUCGAACGCUUUCAAAAAGUUUGCCAACACUUAUAAUUCCCUUUCACAGCGAGAGAGUGUAUCUAAUGAAGCCUUAAAAUUUCCGCACAGCUCCCCAGAAGAAACUUGCAUUGAGCUGGCAGUCAUGAUCAGGAACUAUUAUAACGAGGCUGAACCAGCGUAUAACGGCAAUCCUGAGCAGAAGAGCAUCAUGAUAUUACACAUGAUGGUACUAUGGGUGGAACUUGAUAAAUGUGCCACCAAAACUUACCCUUUACUACUCGAUUAUCACCCUGGGAUUUCGUCGAGCCUUCUUGAUGUGCUGCAGCUAUCAAGCCUUAAAGAUUCAAUUCGUCUGAACACUGUGCAGGAGUACAUAGAGACCCGAUGUACGCGGAGCCUGUCCCGAAGGACAAUUUUCGAUGAUCCAACCGAAGGAUGUUUUGCUGAAAGAUAUUUUGAUUUAUCAGAAGAUUCCUUGAGGCUUCAAAACCUCCGCUCAACGAUUGAAUCCCAAGCGCAGAAGAAUUAUGACAGAAAAGUACAGGAGUGGCAACAAAAAAGUGAGAUAUUCGAGGCUCUGCAGAAGAAAAUUACAGUAUCUUCCUGCACUUAUAUUACCAAUCGGCAUGGAGGGGUAGACCAUGACAAAAAUUGUGAAAAGUGCGACAACCAACAUCGUGCCAACCGCAUGACUAUCCAAAUCCAUGAACACCCACUUCCAGAAAAUCCAGUCCAUGCUAGGGCGGUGGUGUUUGAGCUACAAUGUCCAGAGGCAUUCAAGUCCUAUCGUAACGCAACCUGGCUACUAUUUGGUAUCGUGGCGUGCCCUCACGAACAACCCCCAGCGUAUCCAAGGUUAUUGGUAUCAGAGUAUCGAGAGCUUAGUAAGUUUUUUACUGGAAGUUCAGAGGGAAUUGUGCUUGCAUCGACCACAAAAUCUUUGCUAUCUACCCACUACAGAGGAGUUUACUUCCCAGUCAGGCUGGAAGACAUAUGCUUCGACAAUAAUCUAAGGGUUAGAUAUUAUGAUACCACCCAUAACAUCUUUCCUAAUAGGCAAAGCCAUGUUUCAAGCGUUUCCCACCAUCUUCAGAUGCCCAACUUGACAAACUCACCAUUCUCAUCCAUAGCACCUCCAGGUAGUUUGUCUGGCUCUUCGUCCUAUGAAAUUUUAGCCAGUCAGUCUUCCUGUCCGCCGGGACUGAAUGUCCACGAAUUCACGGCGUAUAAGUCUCUUUUCUCUGGCGUGGUCAGACGUUGGCCUACAAUCCUUAUUGAACUUGGUUCCUCAAACUUGAACUUCAGCACUAAAGGCCCUUGUACGUUGAUUUGUCAACUUGCAAUACAGGCAGGACCGAGAGAUACGAACGAUGUUUUUCGAGUGGUACACAAGAUCUUCCGUGAUGAGACUUUCUGUAACCGACUAAUCAAAUUACUCGAAGAAAGACUAAUUGGGAUUGCAUUGAACUGGCGUGAGACUGAUUGCAUGGAGAUGUUGAUUACCUUGAUACUCCGGCUAUGCGCCUUAUCCCCACUGAGAACCCUUGACAAGGCCAUCACCUUACUGAAAACGAUUCAAGAGACCCUUUUGAAAUGGAUCCGGCUGUUGCGUAAGGAAAUUUGUGCUGCUUGUGAGCCAGACAUGAUUGAAAAUUAUUCCGACUUUGCUUUCACCGUUGCCCUGUUACUGAGGAGGACGUUUGCGGUAUACCCUGAGAAUACUCCUAUAUACACGGGAAACAUGGCUGAAAAUGACAUACGAUGCUUUAUAGAGGCUUCUAUCUCACUUCAAGACAACAUUCCCCCAGAUUUGAAAUCGCUAUCUCAUUUUCAGUGGCGUGCGCUCAUUCGAGAUUUGAAAAUGGUAUACAGGAUGCGUCCAAUACUAUUACAAUCUUUGAAAAAUCACCCUGGAAGUCUAGGUGCUGUCUUAACAGAUAUUUGGGCACAAAACACACUUUUGCUAGGGCAAAUGUCCAGCCUUCAGCUUCUAGACGGCGACGAAUGGGCUCAGCUUGUGAUAAACCCGACAAGUCAGACAAAAAGACAAGUUGUGCAUUUUCAUUUCCUUGAAGGCCAUUUACUUGUCGACGGCGAACCACUAGCCACGCUCCCUGCAAAUUACAGAAACGCCAUGGUCCUCGAUCGUCUGUUUGGAAACCAAAGGCUUCAGGUCUACCCGUCGUCGCUCCAUGGAAUGUCAUACGUCCUUCCGUCUGAAGUCAAGGAGCAAAGAAUCCAUAUUGGUUUCCGUGAUGGUAAGCCCUUUGUCCGAGCCGAGAGUAGGCGCACGAUUUACGAAUUCAUCCCUUAUGAAAUAUUCGGAGACAGGAGAAACUUUGACCUCCCGGGCUCCUUGGUUGAAAAUUGCAUUCACUGGCUUGAUUUAAAGUCUGGGACUAUCAAAAUCAGGCGGAAACCUGAUAUAUGGUACGAUAAGGACAGUUACUGGGAAGUCGACUUCUACAAUCGAAAAGCUCGUCGCCGCACAGUUACUUUGAUUGAUCCCCAUAGUCAGUUAUUCCGUCUUAUUGCCAACGUAUUUGAUGGAUUUGAGCACCCCGGGUACAUCACCAUAUAUCAGCCUGCAUCGAAAAACUUAUCUGUGGAGUUACGCCGCUUGGAACUCGACUUUAUCGUUACUAAACGCGGGCUACUUAGAUGCAAGCAGCUAAACGCGUUAAUCGACAUGAAUCAAGAUGCAGGCACUUGGUAUGGGUUGAAAAGCAAGCUUGUGCUACGCGACGUGAUUGAUAACGAACAGCGCAGCAUCAUUGUUCCCAUGGGCCCACUGCAAUGUACGAGAAAUGGGAUCCAUGUCAGUGUCUUUGCUGAAAACCUUGGAACUUAUGGCCGGUUCUUCAUAAAUACAUCCCUUGGAAGACUAGAUUGCCCGGUCGAACCAUGGACUUUAUACGCCAAAGCUCAGUUUCAUGCAUAUACCUCUUUUGUUUUACCGGAUGAGCUGACAGGGCGUACUGGAACAGAAGAAGCGGUUCACUGUCUGAAGUCAAGUUACAGCCAGCCGUGGACUACGUUGAAUCCCGGCCCACUUGGGACUCUUCAAACUGUUGCACUUCUGGCCCCAACCAGGAUUUAUUAUCCUCCUGGUUCCAAGACUGUUCAGCACACAAUAUGGAAUGAGAAUCUAACACCAUGGAUUCAACACGAAAUCUUUUCAUCACUGGUUGAGAAGAUUUUGGAAACAGAAAGAACGCUUAGGCAAUUCGGUAACAAAGAGAUCGAUCAACCGGCAGUUCGGCCUGCCAGUGAUGAUUUUUUGAUGAUUCGGGCAUAUAGGAGGAGAAAUAUCUACCAGCGGCCGAAUGCCGGCUUUGACGAUCUACCAGUUGUGAAGGAUGAAGUUUACAACCCGAGAGAUCGAUUCCAGGCAGUCCGACGUCGUUCUAACGUGUUCGAAAUAAGUAGUUUGGUGAAAAACUGGUCAACAAACACAGGGUCUCAUGCUGAUUUAAUCCGAAGCAUGGAAUCCUGGCCUACAAUUGGAGGGUAUAGUACAGUUUUCGAUAAGGUGCUCCUCAGCGAUAUGCUUGACAUACAGUUUGACGUGUCAUGGGGUUCCCUCGUCAAUUUCUGCCGUGAUUCGGAGGAGAAAAAUAAAUACAAUCUCAUGAUGACGAUGGCUCUUAUGUCGUUUUCCAAUUCCGCCGACAUGGAAAUCAUACGUACUUUGCUGCUUUUCGCCACUAUUCCAAGCCUAAAGUCCCUGAUACCACCAAAUUGGGUUCAUUAUAAACAUUUUCGUUAUAAUCAACAACCUAGUGUGCUAUACCUGAGAAGACUGAUUAAUAAUUGCUGUGUUCCAUACGCUGGGGACGAACGGGGACUUUUACCAUUUAACAUCAAGACUAGAAAGAGAUUUGAAGCUGCUGAAAGAGAGCACGAGAAACAAGUUGAGGCGAAUGCAAUCGCAUUUUCAGAGUAUAUCUUUGCUCAAUGGCCUUGCCUUGAGCCAACAAUCCAGGGAAUGCUCGAUCUUCCGCUGUUAAAUGUCCACUUAGCCUUAAAGGUCAUUCUCCCUGAUUGGUCUCGGCUAUUCCAGAAUUUAGAACUUUCUAACUAUCUUGCCAAAGUUCAGGCCACUUUGGUUUCUGGUAACUUUGGAAAGUUUGAGCAAUUCGACUGCUGCAUAAAAUCCGUGGGUUCAGAAAUAUUUCCCACUGGGUUUCGAGGACAGGAUAUCCCCACACUUGCGAGCGAUCUGCUACACAAAGCUUGCACGCUUUAUACCCAUGAAUUCCACCACACGAAAAAAGCCAUUACUACAUACAAGGCCUCCCAGGAGGAGGGUAUCAGACGCGUUUUUACCAGUUCCGACAACCCACCAAGUCUUCCACCACAAAGCAUAGGCUUUACACACAUUCUCGAGCUGGAGGAAAUAAUUGGUAAAAUCAAAGAUUCUCCCUCAUUGGUUAGACAGCAAUACGGACAUGACUUGAUGACCAGCCUUGAGGCAUUGAGAAGUGUAAAAAGCGCCAAUGAUAUCCCAGUUGGAAAAGAAUUUGAUGAAUCCACAAUUUAUACAAACAUUGGGUCAGCGACACAAAAGGUUGAAUCCCAUGCCAAACACCUUAGGUUGGCCCUCAAUAAAGAUGAUUUGCGCUUCCGCUGGCUACAUCCUGCAGGUCUAUGGCCUUGCAUGACAAUGGUUACCCUCCUUGAACAUCUUCGUUCCACUUUCAAAGGAAAAUUUGGAGCUGGGAUGAAAGAGACCCUUAUCGCGCUAGCGGUCGAAAUUAUUCACAGACAACGCUUUAUUAGAAUUAAGAAUGCAUUUUUACGAAGAAAGGAUAGGGUGCUUGAAGAGGAAAAAAUUAUAUGCCCCAUUCUAACUGGGAUCCUUCGCUUCAUCCAGAUUGGCUGCUAUUACAAAUUGAUGCCGAUAUUUGUAUUCGGCCUAACCAAGUCGAGGUUGCACAUGCAACAAUUACUCCAUCUUCGCACGCAAAUGCUGUUUUGCAGAUGA